AUGGCGACUAAAAGGUAUCAGCAGAAGAUUAUCGUGCUAGGAGACUCAGGGGUGGGGAAAACUUCUUUAUUGAAUCGUUAUGUGCGCCAAGAAUUUUCUCAAAAUUAUCGAGCUACUAUUGGAGCAGACUUUUUAUCGAAAGAAAUUACAGUAGAUGAUAGACAUAUUUCUCUUCAAUUAUGGGACACAGCAGGUCAAGAGCGUUUUCAAUCUCUUGGAAUGGCAUUUUAUCGAGGUGCAGAUUGCUGUCUCUUAGUUUAUGAUAUGACAAAUCUAAAGUCCUUCCAAAGUCUUGCUAAUUGGAGAGAUGAAUUUUUGAAGCAAUCUUCUCCUAAUGAUCCUGCAACUUUUCCAUUCAUUGUUUUAGGAAACAAAAGCGAUUUAGUCAAUGAGAGAGUAGUUUCUGAAGCAAUGGCUCAGCAAUGGGCAAAAGAAAAUGAUUUAAUAUUAAUCGAAGUCUCUGCUAAAGAAGGGAAAAGCGUAGAAGAAGGCUUUCAAGAAGGUGCAAGAAAAGCUAUGAAGAGAGAACAGCAAUCUCAACCAAUUUUAAAACCUGCUAUCAACUUACUCACCUCUUUUAAAUUAGAAUAAAAUAUUUGUUUAAUUUGCAUUUUUGGGUGCUUUAAUUUAAAUUGGAUAAUUUUUUUUAAUAGGGAAAUUUUAUCGAUGAACUAAUUUAUAAUAUCACUUUUGACCGAAUUUAAUAAUCAAAAUGCAAAUAGAAUGCUAUUUAAACAGUUCUCAUUUUUCAUAACAAUCGAUCAAUCUUUUUAUAUAAUUCUUUAUUAAAAAAAUAGCCCUUCUUUAGUUCCUUUUAAAGGGGGAGAGUUAAAGAAGAAUAACCAAACUGCAGGGAAAAAGAAAUCAUGCUGUAAGUAA